AUGUUGGCCUUUGUCGCGCUCUGCUCUGCGCUUGCCUCGACCACUGCUGCGAGUGCUUUGCCGAGCAAGUGGUACCGCGAAGUCGGAGCCAAUGACCAUCCGGUACACAAGCUCUUCUCCAGGCAGACCGCUACCGCUGCCGUUGGCUCUCCUGAGUGGAGGGCAAAGUUCCCCACUGGCGCGCUCAACGCUACUUCGGUGCCCCAAGCAUGGCGCGAUGCCUUGAAGGCCGGGAUUGACUCGGGCAAGAUUCCCUCUACGAGCACCGUUCCUGUCGCCACCACUGCUGGCGUUUACCGCGACCGAAACGGAAAGACCCUCGACGCAGGCAAAGCUCCUAUUUGCUCAAGUACCGUAGGAUGCAAAGACGACACCCAGAUCUACGACGUUCCCGACGGUAUUGUCGCUCUCUCCUUCGACGAUGGUCCCUACCCUGCCAGCCCGGUGCUGUACAAGUUCUUGAGGGAAAACAACCAAAAAGUUACUCACUUCUAUAUUGGUUCUAAUAUCCUCGAGUACCCGGAGAUUUUCAAGGAAGCGUACGAAGUGAAUCAGAAUGACAUUGCGGUGCAUACCUGGUCCCACCAGCAGACCACUACUCUCUCCGACGACAUGGUCUUGGCUGAACUUGGAUGGUGCUGCCAAAUCAUUCACGACUCGACUGGCGGUCGCCUUCCCCGGUACUGGCGUCCGCCGUAUGGAGAUUCAGACAUGCGCGUUCGUGCCAUCGCGAAAGAAGUCUUUGGUAUGGAAACUGUCAUCUGGAAUGACGAUACCGACGACUGGAAGAUCGCCGAGGGUACUCAAACCCUCAACGGUGCCAAGAAGGUUCUUUCAGACGCGUACGCAGGUCCCAAGUCCCCGGGUCUCAAUAUUCUCGAACACGAGCAGUCCAACACGACCAUCAAGGUAUUCACCGACACUUACCCUCUGAUCGCCCAGAACGGAUGGAAGGCCCACUCCAUCCCCGACGCGUUCGGCGAAGACUGGUACCUCAACUCCGAGGACAACACUAGCCCCGUUGGCGAUCGUGCUGUUGCCGGUGGACCGAAUGACAAUGUUCCCUCGUCUGACCCCACCCCUACCCCUGGAAGCGGAAACACGACUGGCACCAACGGAGGUUCGAGCUCACCCACCGGUACUCCUCAAGGCCAAUCUUCCGACGCCAGCCGUCUAACCAUCGGCUCGUCCGCAUUCGGUCUCGUUCUUGCAGGACUAUUAUCACUCGUCUAG